CUCCUGAAUGACCUACGCAAGGGACUUGUGCCGAACCAGGCCAACACAAUCCUCCAAGCUCUUUGCAGGGAGUUACCCCCGGGUCCCGAACCUACUCGACUCUUCGCUAAAAACGAUAAGGUCGAUGGAUUCAACUCAUCUCGGCUGGCAGGGCUUCCUGGCUCCGUCCAUAAGUAUGGCGCAAAAGACUUCAUUGCCGCUAGCAACGAAGAAGAGCAGAAGGCCGCCCGCAGAGCACUCAAUCAGCUGCGCGUCAUGGCAAACUUGUCCAUAAAAGUAGGCGCACGCGUCAUGCUCAUCAAGAAUGUCGACGAGACCCUCGUCAACGGGUCCACAGGCACUGUCAUUGGAAUGAUGACACCGACCGAGCAAGCACCCGACGGAAUUGAUCCCAUGGUCCACAUCGGUAAAACAUGGACGAAUGGAGUCAAGUAUCCCAUCGUCCAUUUCAACACUAUGGAGGGAAUGAGGACAGCCUUGGUUUAUGAAGAUGAAUUUCGGAUCGAGACAAGAGACAAUCAUCUGCUUGCCAGCCGCAUUCAGGUGACAUGCUCAGCCAAUGACUGA